AUGACAACAAUCGACGGAUCUAACUCACACAAAGUAACCAAAACGAUCGUCACUUCUCCGGAAAUUUAUAAACCCGUUGGACCAUACAGCCAAGCAAUCCUAUCUGGCAAAACUCUGUAUAUAUCUGGAGUCCUCGGGUUGGAUCAACAAGCUCAAUUAGUCUGCGGCGGUGCUGAAGCUCAAGCUAAGCAGGCACUGGACAAUAUGAAACACGUUCUAGAAGCUGGAGGGUCGUCAUUACCAGGCGUCAUUAAGACCACUAUUCUUUUGGCCAAUUUAGACGACUUUCAAGUAGUUAAUCAAAUAUAUGCCCAAUAUUUUCCUAAGGACCCCCCAGCGCGUGCCACGUAUCAGGUGGCUAGGUUACCGCUCGGAGCAGCCGUUGAAAUCGAAGCCAUUGCCCUCAGCGGGGACCUAGUAAUUGCUGAAGCAGGCCCGUGUCCCUGUGCUCGCCUAUAA